AGUCUGUAUAAACUAGGGCUAGAAAAACAUUUUAAGCUUAGAGUUGGCAUAGUAUAGCAAAACAAGGAUAUCAUAAUAAUCAUUUUGGGUUUAGAGGCAGAUGUUUAUAGUUAAACUCAGUAGAGUAAGUUACAAUUUAAAGCCUGAAUGGAAGUUAAGAUGUCAUCAAGUCAAUAUGUGGAAAGGAAAGGCUCAUGUGAACUUAAUCCAGCAGUGACUGAGCACCUGCUGAAAAUACUGAUUAUUGGUGAUGGAAAUGUUGGGAAAUCCUCCUUUGUGCAUCGGUAUGUCAACGGACAGUUCAACAAGACGUACAAGAUGACAGUGGGAGUAGAUUUUUCUGUGAAGCUGCUGAACUGGUCAGAAAAAGAAAAAGUCAGAUUGCAGCUGUGGGAUAUUGCAGGGCAGGAGCGCUUCAUUUCCAUGACCAGGAUCUAUUAUAAAGGUGCCCUGGGCUGUGUUGUGAUGUUUGAUGUCACCAGCUCAUCCAGUUUUCUCAACUGUCGUCUUUGGAAACAGGACUUGGACAAUAAGGCCAUGCUGCUCAAUGGAGACUCCAUCCCCUGCAUCCUUCUGGCCAACAAGUGUGACCUCACUCAGCGGGUUGUGUCAGCAGACAGCAUCAACAGGUUCAGUAAGGCCAACGGCUUUGUUACAUGGAUGGAGACUUCAGUCAAAGAGAACAAGAAUGUUGAACAGGCAAUGAGGAGACUGGUGCAAGAGAUUCUAUCAGUUCAGUCUAGUCUGGACCAGAUUCACCCCACAUGUCAGGAACAUGUUACUCCUCAGGUGGACUCUGAGGACCACAACAACAGGGGAGAAAGCUGCUGCUGAAACAUUGCAUUCAUCCACCACAGGACCAAGCAAACACAGCCAGGACCUGUUCAUACAGUUUGUAUCCUGAAGUUGUUUGAGGUGUCACUGAGCAAGGUGCUUAACUCCCAGCUACUGAGACUGAGACUGCUAUGUAGAAGAGGACAAUAGCAGUAUCAACAGAGGCAGUCACCAGUAAAGCACCCUAGAUGGUUCCAUAAGAAAAUCUGUCACCAUGACACUUGUGAUCUUCCUUGAAUAGCAAAAGGUAAAAUAUAAGAAUUUUACCACAAGAAGGCCAGUGUGGAUGACCUGAGACAAAAUAUACCAAGGAGUGUUUUAACAAAUCAUCCUAGAGCUAAAUAUAGCUGCUAAAUGAAACAGGAGAAGCUCCUAAAACUGGUAAAUGUGUCAGUCCUGACUUUAAGACUCCACCAGAGGUGAUUUUGGUAAUUGUCAAAGCAUUUUAGCUUUAAAAUUUGCAAUGUUGCACCUAUGUUUUGAAAUAAUUAGUAACAUUUUUAUUUUGAUGUCAGUGAAUUUUUAAAGCUCCCCAACAAGUCAAAACAAAAUAACAGCAAGGUUUACUCACUAUGCACUGCUGUUUGCAGUGCUGAUGGUCUCCGCUGUUUGAUAGAAUUAAAAAUAAACCAAAUGUCCUCUUUAGAUUUCAGAUAGUUUAACAGUAUAUGAACUGUACAACAGCAAAAAAUAAAUAAAGCUUAUUU